CAUAUUUUUGUUCCCAUUUAUGCACAGUUCAUAAUCUGCCUUGUAUCAUAAACACCGUCUUUUUGAUCCCUGUGGUCACGGAAUUCAAGUCAUCAAAGAAAGCAUCUCAGUGAAAAUCAUUGGGCUGGCCAUUUGGGAACGAUCAAACAUUUCAAGUAAUUUGAGGAACUGUAGUCAACAUGAUAAAAUACUUGAGAUUCCACACAAAGUCGAACAGUCUAAGGACACGUUUCCUUUGGCAUGGCUCCAAGAAGAAUGGCCAGAAGGAAGGGCUGGAACAAACAUGUGCUUUUUAGACACAGGGAUCAAUAGAUGUCUUAUCCAGAAGAAAGUCAUUAUGGUGGUAAUGGUGGUGGGCACGCUGUGGAGCAGCAGCUGAUGACAGGAACAUGUCAGACACAGAUGCCUGGCAGAGACAUGGAGCUGUGUGUUGCUCUGCAUCCUCCCGCUGGGUUACAUCUUUGACCUUGUCUCCUGGAGGUGGCCUAUGUGAGCUGUACUGCAGCGAUCAAGCGGCCAGGCAGGCAGAUGGAUCAACAGAUUGGGUGUUGCUGCCCAUGACAGAUUGCCAAAUCGAGGGGGGUUGGAUGAGCCAGAGAUGUCGGCCGUGGUGCAGCAGACGCCCAAGUUGCGGGUCAGCGAGGUCUGGGCACUCUACGGAGGGGAGCUGGAGUACUGCCUGGGUGGCGAGGACGGAGAGGAGCAGGAAGCAGAGUACUUUGAUCGGCAUUCUGAGUGCAGUGAUGGGCAAGCCUCUGUCGGUGAGCACCACACUCCAUCUGCCCCAUGUGAGUAUGAGCUGGUCAGUCGGCACGCACAGGGUCUGGCCUGCCUCUCCAACCAAGACUACUACUCUCAGCUGGAGGCCCUGAAGAGAAUGCACCUGCAGAACAUAGCCGAACUGGAGGUCCUGUACCUGAAUGAGCUGACGGCCAGCAAGGGCAAAGCGUCUCAGGGGACACAGGUGGACGAUAAGGAUGAGAUGGACAGUGCUCAGGAAGAGAAUGAGUCUUUGCCAGCUGGGCGAGAGACCAGCACGAUCUCCAAACAGGACUUAAAGCUUGAGCAGAAGUCGGUCAGUGAGACAGACACACCUGGGAGCCAGGGGAUGGAGGGAGAGCAGAAGAAGAGGGAGGAGGAGGAGAAGGAGGAGAGAGCCAGCAGACAGAGCAGUGCAGAUGCCACCAAUGAGGCUCAGAGUUUAAAGCCUCCGGUGCAACUGGAGCCCUCGGUCGUCUCUAAGGCAACUCGUGCUGCCUCAAAGGACCGUUCAAGGGCUCCCAGCAGACGAUCCUCGUGGACGGAGCGUUCCGGAAGGCGUGCCAGCAGGCCAGUGACGGUACCCAAACCGUUCCAGAUGAUGCUCCGCGAGGCUGACAAGAAGCGGCGCAAUGUGAAGACACGCUCGGAGGUGGUGCUGGAGAACGCGCUGCUGCGCCGCGAGCUGGAGGAGAUGCGCGAGUGCCAGCGGCAGUUCCGCGCCACGCCCGCCCGGCGUUUCGCAGUCAGCAGCGCCAGUGGCAGGAGCCGCAACACCUCGCCGCAGCCCUUCAGCUUCAUCGAGCGCGAGCGCAAGAAGAGGGAGCGCAAGCUGGAGGAGGCGCUCCGCAGCGGCGCGGGCUCCCGCGAGGAGCGCUGGGUCUUCAAGGCGCGGCCCCUGCCCCGCAUCUACCGGGCCUGCUCCGAGGACUACCAGCUGCUCGGGGCAGUGGAGAUGCACAGCAGAGACCAGGAGCAGCAGCAGCAGCACCGUGGGCCUCCGGCCAGCAGAGGGCUCCAAAAGCAUGCAGGGAGAGUGCUGGAGAGGGAGAAAGGGGACAUGGAAGUGGAUGUGGACACGGAGACAUCUGAGGAGAAACCAGAGGGCCGAGAAGACGGAGCGGAGUCCAUGGACGGAACGGAGAGGCCGAUACUAGACAACGCCAACUGGACGCUGAGAAGGAAGCCGUCGCUGGUGGGUAAGGGACUGCAGCUGGAGGGGGAGACCAGCAGGGGAGUGCGGAGGGGCAGGGAGAGGGAGUGGUCCUACAUCCAGCCCAUCCAGCGCACCUGCAUCAGCCUGAACCUGGCCUCCUCCUUCUCCGUCAGCCAUGAGCGGAUGCUGGCUGGCAAGAGCCACUACAUCAGUGUGUGA